CUCGCGAGAUAGUUUCCGGGUGAAGGGUCAGUGUCGGAAGAUCGUGCUCCGGCUUCUGGCAUGGGCGAGUUUCGCGUUCACCGUGUCCGGUUCUUCGACCUUGUGCCGCCCGCCAUUCGCAGCCUGGCUUACAACCACGCCAGCCAGCGCCUCGCCCUCGCCCGUGCUGAUGGCUCGCUUGAGAUCUUCAACUUCGCUAGUAACUUCAUUCAGGAGAAGGUGAUUCCUGGAGAUAACAGGAGGUUGAUUGAGGCAAUCAGCUGGAUUGGCCAGGAUCGACUCCUGAGUGUGGGAUUGAGUGGAGAAAUCAUAGAGUUUGACCUGCAGAGACUCCGUCCCAAAUACACAUUGGAUGCUUUUGGAGGUCCCCUUUGGUGUAUGAGCUGUAACAGCGAGGAAACUCACCUAGCGGUUGGCUGUGAUGAUGGCACUGUCAAGCUGUUUGAGAUUGUUCCUGGAAAGCUUCAGUUUGAGAGAAAUCUGGAUCAUCAAAAAGGUCGUGUAAUUUCCCUAGCCUGGCACAAAUCAGGCAAAAUGAUUGUGACGGGGUCACUUGGUACUAUUCAGGUUUUCGACGUGAAGUCUGGUCACUGCACACACCAUAUUCGUGUGGAUCGAGGUGAUAAAGUUUAUUACAAUAAAAAAUGUGUGGUAUGGAGCAUCAGUUUUCUGAGUGAUUACACUAUUGUAAGUGCAGACUCAUUGGGGAAAAUACAGUUCUGGGAUUGGAAGACUGGAACUCUGCUGAAAACACAUCCUGUCACCAAGUGUGAUGUGAUGUCAUUGACUGUGAAUGAGGCUGAGGACAGCAUUGCUGUAGGGACGGCCGAGGGAACUGUCAUCCAAUUCCAGAGGCUUGAUGUAAAAUCAGAAGUUGCUGGCUCUCAGUGGGUUCGUACGAAGACAUUUAAGCAUCACUCACACGAUGUGAGGGCUAUUGUUCACGCCAUGUCUGCUCUUGUCUCUGGAGGUUUGGAUUCCCAGCUUGUCAUUCGCCCUCUGAUGGAUCAAGUGGAAACCAAGUCAUAUGAAACUGCUCUUCGUAAGGUUCUCUUUCCACAUCGAAACUUGGUGUGCUGUAGCCAAAAGGAAAAUCUGCUCUUGUUUCAGUUCCCAGUGCGGCUUGAGUUAUGGAGAUUGGGCAGCUCGCAUGUUAGAGGCGUUCCUGGGGAUGUUCUACCAAUCAGCAAGAAGCCAGAGAAAUUGUUGGAGUUAAAAUCCAAGAGUUGCAAUCAAAUACGGUGCUGUGCAAUGUCUCCUUGUGGAACCUGGAUUGCAUUCUCAACUAUCAACAGACUCCGCCUGUAUCGGAUACAGUAUAGGAAUACUUCCAUCACUGUUAAUAUGAUCAGGCAAACAGUGAAGACAUUGCUGCCAGCUCAUCGGUUGCUCUUUAAUGCUGAUUCCACCAGGUUGAUCAUUGGCUCAGAUCAUAGCCAGAUUCAGAUUGUGAAUCUAGGGAUGUUGGGUUAUAAGAAAAUACAUACUCUCACUCCGAAAACUGUUUCUCGUGAGCACAUCUGUCUUUUGGCGGUGAGUGCAGAUGGGAGCUGGCUGGCAGCUGCAAGUUACAGCUGUGAAAUCAACAUCUAUAACCUUGCAGAAUUAAAGCAUCACUGCAAUGUUCCAGUCUAUAACCACCUUCCCACUGCGAUGGCCAUCAAUCCACACACCAACAACCUGAUCACUGUACACGCCGAUCAACAGAUUUUUGAAUUCAGCAUCAGUGAGAAGAAGUACACAGAGUGGAGCCGUAAAGUACAGCAACACGGGCUGCCCACACUCUGGCUGGAAAGGGACACACCCAUCAUCCACGUCACCUUCAAUCCUAGAGUGAGCACACAGAUCAUCGUUCAUGAUACAUACAUGUUUUGUAUCAUUGACCAGUCACUGCCCCUGCCCUCUGAGGAAUCGGAUAUUAAUAACCAGCCAGUGCUUGUAAGUGGUCGUAAGAACCGGGAGCAUGCCUUCAAAGUCUGUAAGAAAUUCAAGCCUUUGCUCCAUCUGGAGCUGUUGAUGGAUGACUCUCUUGUUGUGGUGGAGCGUCCCAUGAUGGAGAUCAUCUCGCAGCUGCCCAUGCCGGUCCGAAAGAAGAAAUUCGCCACAUAGUUGGCUCCUGGAUCUGAUGUACUGCAUCUUUCAAGAUGCUGACUUGGACUGUUCUCUAAAAGUUACAUUGGAUUUCCAACCUUGUAAUGUUUUACAUAAAUAAAUAUUGUCAAUUUCUGUUUGUGA